AUGUAACUGCUCAGUCUGUGUUUCACAGUCCCAAGGGAGCAGUCAUGCGUCUGUCAGUUGCACUUUAUGUCGGUUUUUAUGUUUUAACGUCGGCUGCGGGUCAAACCGAGUCCGCUCCCGGAUCCUCGUACGUCGCUGCCGUGUACGAGCAUCACUUGGUCCUGAACCCGGAGCCUCAAGUUCCGCUGUCCCGACCCGAGGCUCUGCGACAUGUGGAGAAGAACCUGCAGAUCUACGAGGAGCAGAGUGAGAGAGCUGCCCAGCAGGGGGCCCAGAUCCUGGUGUUUCCAGAGGACGGCCUUCAGGGUUUCAACUUCAGCCGAUCGUCCAUCUCUGGUUACCUGGAAACCAUUCCUGACCCCCAGCAGGAGAACUGGAAUCCCUGCACAGAGCCGGGCAGACACAACAACACUGAGAUUCUCCAGAGGCUGAGCUGCAUGGCACGUCGGUACAACCUCUACCUGGUGGCCAACAUGGCUGACCUGCAGCCUUGCCCCCUGUCGACCAGCCCUUCCUCCCCCUGUCCGCCUGAUGGUCACUGGCAGUUCAACACCGAUGUGGUUUUCAGGUCUGAUGGGCAGCUGGUUGCACGCUACCAUAAACAAAACCUCUACUUUGAGGACGCCUUUGACUCACCACCGCAGCCGGAGAUCAUAACAUUUGAAACCCCUUUCGCCGGGACGUUCGGCCUCCUCAUCUGCUUUGACAUCCUGUUCAAGGACCCCACAGUCACCCUGGUGGAGAGGGGUGUGCGUCAGCUGAUCUUCCCCACAGCCUGGAUGAACCAGCUCCCCCUGCUGGAUUCGAUCCAGUUCCAGCAGGCAUUCAGCCUGGGUGCCAACGUCACCCUGCUGGCGUCCAACCUCCGCCACGACUAUUUAAUUAUGACAGGAAGCGGUAUCUACACGCCGUUUUCUGCCACCUUCCACCACGCACAGAGGGGAGAUCCAGAGGAGGGCAGGCUGCUGGUGGCCAGGGUGCCAGUGUUGGACCCACUGGUUGCAGGGCCCAGUGUGACGCAGCAGGAGGGGGCAAUCAGGGAUGAGUCCACAUCCUCUGCUGCAGAUACAGACUCAGUAUACUGUCACCAAGACAGCUGUCUUGAUAUUUCUCAUCCUGAGACAACCUCUGCUGUUUCUCCCUCCUCCGUCACCUUCAACUCAUCCAUGAUGUACGAUCCGUUUACAUUCGUCCUGCUGAAUAAGACAGAGGGCAAACUUGACGUGUGUCAGGGCCCUGUCUGCUGUCACCUGCAGUACAGGCAGUCACAACAACAGGGCGGCACUCAAGAGCUCUAUGCACUGGGGGCAUUUGCUGGCACACACACUGUGAAUGGACGCUACGCCCUGCAGGUGUGUGCGUUGGUGCGCUGUGCAGGGUCGGAGACCAGCUCCUGCGGACAGGAAGUGGAAGAGGCUGAGACUAAAAUGGACUUCCUGUUGGAGGGGACGUUUGGGACCAGACAUGUGUAUCCAUCCAUAUUGGCGAGUCAUCACGUUCUGGAGCAGCCGGAGCACCUGGAGAAGACGGCAGAUGGCAGAGUGACCAUGAAGCAUUCAAACAUGACGGGAGGCCUCGUCACGGCCUGUCUGUACGGACGAAUGUACCACCUGGACAACGAAUGAACUACAGCUGCUGGGAUUAACCCACUAGAAUGAUUGUUCAUCAUUUUAAGGCAAAAUUGCCAAAGAUAAUCUUCGCUUCUGCAAUAUGCGAAUUUGAUGUUUUGUACGCCCUUUGGACAUGAUUGUAAAGUAAAUAUAUUUUAGUUUUAGACUGAUGGUUGAAGAGAUCAAGACACUUGAGGGUGCUAGAUUGAGCUGCGGUAAAUUAUGGAGGGAAGUUAACAAUUUGUAGCAAUUUUAGGAUUUUUUUUUAUAUUUAAUUCAACCAAGCGGCACCAAAUUUCCCAAACCCUAAUACCAGUUCCAUAAAUAUGAUUCUUUUCACCAAGAGCUAAGAAUUAAAACAAAAGCUCCCUAUCUCAAAAUGUUAAAGACCAUUUCUGCAUCCGACCCCUGAUCCAGAUCCAUACCACACUUUUAUGGGUUAUUCUCCAACUCACGUCAAGUUCUUCCGUAAAAUUUUGUGAUUAUAUGUUCAGUAGUUUUUAAACAUAAUCUUGUUUACAAACAAACCAACAAACAAAUGAACAAGGAUGAAAACAACCUCCUUGGUGGAGGAGAUGGAAUUCCCUUAAAAAUAGAAUUUUGAAGUUUUCAUCAACACUACUGACAACUCCGCUAGUACACUUUUGUACAAACUGCAAUAAAUCAAAAAACAAAUAUCUUUA